UCCAGCCUCUCUCCCGCCCACUAGUUGCUUUCUGCUGAGUGUUGGUGGCGAUAAAAAGAGCAAAGAGGAGACGGGAGACGGCCUAAACCAAACUUUUUUCUGUCGUUGCACUUUGGUUGUUGCAUCUUCUAACCGUGCACUUUCACCCUCAAACGACAACCAUGCUCCAUCUGACUGCAGGGCACGUGGGAAGCCUGGUGGCCAGGCGCGCGACUGUUGCCUUGACUACCAGCAGCGCAAGGAUGGCUAGCCAUGGUCACGAGGUGUCAGAGGCAGUGGACAUGUCUAAGCCGAUGUACUGGGACCGUCGGGAAAUACCCCUUCCUGAUAAACGCUACAAAGACAUCCUGACCCCUGCUGACAAGAGCCUGAAGGAGAAGGAGAAGGGACCCUGGGGCCAGCUGAGCAACGAGGAGAAGCUGGCCUUGUAUCGGCUCUCCUUCUGUCAGACCUACCCAGAGAUGAACCAGUCGUCAUCAGAGUGGAAGACUGUGGUGGCCGGGGUGUUGUACUGCAUAGGCCUGACCGGCCUGGUGAUCAUUUGGCAGACAGCCUACGUGUCCCCUCCAGCCCACAUCCCUUCCCUCUCUCCAGCGACGGAUUCUUUUUAA